AUCAUUUAACCAAUAAAAAGAUUUUAGGAAAGGAUAAGCAAAUUCAAAUCUCCUUUCUGUUCUCAGGUGUAACUGUAACAAUGGAAGCUCUUGGCCUUGGCCAUGGACUCCCCCCACUUUCUGUUCUCAUGACCAGUCCUCGACAACAACAAAGAUGGAAUCUUCUAGGUUCCGCCAGUUGCCUCGCACCUUCAUUAGCACCGUUGUCUCUCAAAUCCGGAGUUUCACUCGUCAAGUUUCAGUGCAGAAGUGGAAUAAGAAUGCAACAAGUGGAAGAAGAGUAUGAGUUGAAGCAAAUGAAAGAUAUGGCUGCCGCCAGAAAGAGAUGGGAUGCUUUGAUCAGGGAGGGGAAGGUAAAGAUGCUCACUCCAAGGGAAGCUGGCUAUGCAAUUCAGCUCUCAAACAAAACUCUGCUUGAUGUUCGCCCAUCAAUUGAACGUGAAAAGGCACGGGUGAAAGGCUCAGCCUGGAUUCCAAUUUUUGAGGUUGAUACUAGAUUAGAUCCUGGUACACUUUCCAUGAAGGUUACAAAUUUUAUGAUGGGAGGCUGGUGGAGUGGUGUGCCUACCUUGUCCUAUAAUAGUCAAUUCUUAUCAAAAGUCCAGGAACAAUUCCCAAAAGAUACAGAUCUUAUCGUGGCGUGCCAAAAAGGAUUGAGGUCUCUUGCGGCUUGUGAGUUACUGUGCAAUGCUGGUUACAGUAACCUCUUCUGGGUUCAAGGGGGUUUGGAGAAUGCUGACGAAGAGGAUCUUGAAAGAGAAGGUCCUCAGCCAUUUAAGUUUGCAGGAAUUGGUGGGCUUUCAGAGUUCCUUGGUUGGACUGACCAACAACGAGUUGCAGCUGCUAAGGAGGGUUGGGGUUACCGAUUAGUCUUCUCUGCCCGCUUGGUUGGAGUCUUUCUUGUUGCUGAUGCACUGUUUAUCGGAGCACAAAGAGUGGGCCAAUACAUUCAAGAUUUAAGGACUCAUUAAGCAGUGUUGCCUUUGUUUAUUGUCUUGAAGCAAGAGGGCCGGUAUCAUUAAAAUUUAAGGUAUCAGUGAGGAUCCUUGCGCCAUUCUAGAUACUUACCAAUGAAGCACAAAAGAAAUGGCAUUUUCUCAAGUUCCUCUGUUGAGACUGAAACGAAGAAGGCACUUUACUUUUGAAAACCCAUACAGAAAUGUAUAGGACUUCUCUCUGCAUCCAAAACCUUUAUUUGCUGAAUGCCUUUAUGAAAUGAGUGUAGAUGAUUUCUUUUUUCCUUCCAAAGACGGCAUGCCAUGAUUUCCACAUCUAACUUACUGUUUUCAUUGUCCUUGUUUCUUUGAAUUUGUUUAUUGUACUUCUACUAGCUAACUUUCCUCUACGUUAAUGUUUCCACUAAACGUCAA